AGGAAUGAAUCGGGAAGAGAAUUUCUACUCGGCCGGCCAGAUUUACAAAGAUUCCUGCGCCUAUCAGAGGCCCCACACUGAGGAAUACAGCCAGAGCCCCCCGCCGUGCCUCUACAUGGGAAGACAGGGUCAGACCCUUUACGCUUCGCCGUCCCUGGCCGUCCAGGAGCAGCAUAACAUCCCUGAUCUUUCACCCUAUGUGCCCACCAGAGAAGAUCUACCAAUGGGCCACCUCCACCAUCCGCCCACACAACAGACCACCCUGCAGCCCUUCGGAGGUUACGGAGACUCCCUGGACCUCUGUGCGGAUCGGAACAGGUGCCAUCUCCCAUUCCCUUGGAUGAAAUCGACAAAAUCUCAUGCGCACGCCUGGAAGGGACAGUGGACAGCAGGUCCGUAUCCCGCGGAGGUGGAGGAGAAUAAGCGCACGCGGACGGCCUACACGCGCGCGCAGCUGCUGGAGCUGGAGAAGGAGUUCCUGUAUAACCGCUACAUCUCGCGGCCGCGGCGGGUGGAGCUCGCGCUCACGCUGCGCCUCACCGAGCGCCACAUUAAGAUCUGGUUCCAGAACCGCCGCAUGAAGUGGAAGAAGGAGGAGGAGCGGCGGCGGCGCGCGGACCCCGAGCAGGACGCCUCCGUGACAUCCGGAGAGCACGAGGACGAAGACACAUCGCCAUCCUGCGCGCCCCCAGCUCCACGAGACCCGGCCUAAACACACACACACACACACACACACACACACGCACACACACACACACGCGUGUGCGCGCGCAGACUGACUGGCGCCUGAGCGGCGUUUUUGAUACUGUGAUGAUGCUGCGGCUCUGCGCUUUGGCCACUAGAGGGCAGCACUCGACAUUAUUGCAUACACACUUUACCGUUGGCGCAGAGAAUGGUUCUGUUUAGAACCAUUGUUAAAUUGUUCUCUGGAUGAAGAAUGCGUUGUAUAGGGAUCUGUAUAAAACCUUUUCUGAAAUUAGUACUAUUAGCUCCAAAAAUGGUUCUGCUACUGUUAUGAUGUCAAGCUUGUGAGAACAGAAGAACCCUUUUUGGUUCCAUAUAGAACAUUUUCAAAAACGAUCCAUGUAGAACCAUAUACAACACACUCUGCAUUAAUCUGAAGCACCAGUUUCACCAUGCAAAGAACCACUUAAAGACAAAAUGCAAAGCAGUAACUUUACAUGACAGAGAGAUUUCUCAUCUUUUAAUGGAAGUCAACGCAGGAGUUAUUUAUUCCAGGUGAUCUUGGAUUAAUUAAUAAUAAUUAAUUUCCGUUUGUCCGUGUAUCAUGAAAUCCUGGCACAGUAUAAAGGGCAGCUGGCAUUUUCAAACUGUGUCAGAAAGGAAAUAAAUGUGAAAAAAGGGAGAUACAAGGUUUUGUCCCGAUAGUCCACUUCAUUAGAAACCCUCCUAUCUUGUACUUCCUCUCGCUGAGCACAUGCUUUAACUAUUCACAUGUACAGUUAUUGUAGCCCAUCUGUAGCUACCAGGGUUUGAAUAGUGGCAGAGGUCUUAGGGGGGUUCCUGUGCUAUGAGGUGACCUAUAGCUAUAUUAUAUAUUUAUAGUAUAUUUUUGUGAGGUUUAUUGUUUUUGCAAAUAAUACAAGGCAGACAUCAUAUAACUCUAUAACCAUAUCAAUAUGAGGAUUCUUACACUAAUAGUUUACUUAUUCCUCACUUAUUAUCCAGCUAAUAAGAAACUGGAUACAGUUAUCAGCAGAAAAAUGUGUGUUAUCACACAGGGCUACUCAUAAGUGAGGUGGGCGGUGGCUUUCAGGGGCCCGGCUACUAGGUGGGGGCCCAAGAGACCCAUUGUUGUUCUAAUAAAAUUAAAUAGAGUGAAAUAAUCUUUUGUCUCAGAGUUUCUGAAAAUAACUUUCUCAAAGUGUCUAAAGUUCCUCAAAGAAAAAAAUAUUAGGGAUCAGAGCUGAUCCUGUAUAUUUUAAUGGUUCGGUAUUGAUUAAGCCCGAACUUUUAGAAAGGGGUUGGCAGGUGAGACCCAGAGAUGUUACUGGGGUGGCAGACAGCUACAAAAAACUAAAUAACAGCCUUGCUGUAUUAAAAUGGCCUAAAAAAUUCUUUCUGUUUUUCUGUACAUCACUAACUCAGUCCAUCAUUUCCACAUGAAUAAAAUAGUACAGUGACACACCUAUAGCUAAAAGAAAGCUGAAAGACAAAUCACACAUUUACUGGUCAACAAAUUAGCCUAUUACCACAUUAAAUACAGGUAAUAUUAAAUACAGUGUCAUCAGAGUAUUAUAACUGAUUGGUAAGUGGUAAUAAUUGGUAAUUGAAGUUAUAACGAUGGUGGCUGACUAUCUCACUUUCCGCAACCAUGUUUCACUCCAGGGUAGCACUGGCCACAUCUGGCCAAGCCUCUGUCUAACUCAUUGACGCAUAAAGCAUUAAGCAGAUUAGGGAGAAGGGAGCAGAUUACUGCAGUCCAAACUAGCCAAAACAAGCAAAAUCAUCAGACCGUCAAUAUUAAAUACAUUAAAAACUGUCUUUUAAACAAAGCUCUAUCACAUAUGCACUUCUGAGACAUGGAUGGAGUGAUUCUGCUGCAGUAAACAGCAGCUUCAAAUAUCUUACCACAAUAAGACUGGUACUGACUUUAAAGUGUGCACUGUAUGUACUACAAAAAUGUGAAUAUGGGAUCAGACUCAUAAAAAUCUUGACUUAAGGUGGGGGGAGACAUGGCUUUGUGUGUGCCUAUUAUUACAUAAUAUGAUGAAAACCGCUUCCAAAAAUAAAUUCUUUGCUGGUUACGGCGUGGCUCCUAACCAUAUAUACUGUAUGUGUCUUCACGGCUGUUGCUGACUUAAAAGGGGAAUUCCAUCAUUUUUUCAAAAUUUCUUCAGUACAAUGGUUGAUAUGUAAACAAAGUCGUUAAACAGUACAUUCAUGUGAAAUGGAGCUUUAAUGACAAACAUCAGAAUCUUCAAUUUUCUUUACAGUAGUCUUGAAAGUACCAUUGGUUGAGAUAUCUGUAAUGCAAAUAUGGCUAUUUUAUUUGCUGUCCAAAAUAACCAGUUAACUCACUGAAUUUUUAUAUGUAAUGCUGAUAUUAGUAAAACAUGCUAACUUUACAAACAAAUGAAAAAAACAUUUUCUUUGGAGACUAUUUUGCCUCAGAACACCCUACGUGUACCUCUCCACCAUGAAUGGAUUUUAAAAACACUUUUAGGCCAAAUUCAUAUCUCAAAACUAUCGUAAAACAUUGUGUUUGACAUCAGGCGGCGUACUCUAACCUUUUCAUCUAAUAAUUUUUUGUGAUGUUGCUUUUAGAGGCAUUAAAUGCUUCAGACAUCUGGUUCCUAUGACCAACUUUGUGAACAAUUCUGACUCCCUAUGUUUCUCUAGAAUGAAGCCUUUCACAUCAAACAACACAAAUGACUUGUUUACAGCUUAACUAUUAAAUUAUGUCAAAUAUUUGGAGUGGAAUUCCCCUUGAAGUCAAAAGUAGGUGCGCUCGAGCUUUAAUGUUCUCCAGCUUUAAACAGAAGAGAGCCUGAAGAGUGAGCACUGGACUGUAAUGGUUAUAUUAAGAAUUUAGUGUGAGUUUAUAGUUUAUUCAGAGGGAGGAAUCGAAUGUUGUACAUAAUGAAAACCUUGCGUGGGGGAACUCACUUUGUCAGAUAAUAGACAUUUUAUUCAAGGAAAUAACACAGAACGCCUCCAAGUUCAAUUUUGUCUGUCUCAUGGAGGGGCACUGUUCUGGGACCCCUCGCCCAUUCCAACCCUGGUUGCUACACAGUUUAUCACACCCUACUGAUGAAGAGCUACAGGAUGACUAACACUAACUGCAUCGACAGAUGUUUUUUGUGUUAGAACCAGUGAAACAUUUUAAUAUGUGUGACCAAAACAUUCAGCACUUGUUUUUUUUUCUCCAUCAGAUGUCUAAAUCUAUUCAAAGGCUGUGGUCAUAGUGGGGUGCAUAAGGUUGUAGUGGACAUUUUAUUAGCAACGAAACAUUUUAAGCCUUGACUAUAGCUUUUUCCACUGAAAUGAUUUUUGUCAUUUGAUAUGCCAGUUUACAGUAUUUCCAUUUUUCAUUUAGAAUAAACACAGUAAUAAGGAGCAGCUGAAACUGUCUUUUACAAGUGGCCACUGUUAUCUAAAGCUCUUGAAUACCUGACUCCACUCUAACGUAACCUGGCAGAGGAGCAAUGAUCUUGAUCACUUUGAAUAAUUAGUGUAACCUGUAGUUUAAAAUACUUUCACAUGCAUUUUUAUUUAUUACAGCUAAAGGAUUUGUGAAAUAAACUUAAACAUUGAGCUGUUUUUAUGAUGUUCAGAUGCUCACAAGACAAAUAAGUAGCUUCAUCCUAAAAACAGCCCAACUCAUUCAGCUUUAAAAAAUCCUCUGUUCUAGAACCUACCAAGUCAGAAUGGUGCUGACUUGGCGCUGUGGUGCUAAUAGAGACCAGACAUCUGAAGAUUUUAAUGCCUCUAAAAGAUACUUUAAAAAGUUAUUGGAAUACGCUGCCUGAUGCUGGAUGCACUGUUUUAUGAUAGUUUUGAGACAUAGACUAUCUCUAACCCUACAACAUAUUUAUUAAAUGCAUUCAUGGUGGAGAGACAUAUGCCAGGUGAAGAGACAUAUGUAGAUGCAUAUACAAGACAAGACAAAGGGUUUUAUAUACAGUUCCACCUCAAAAACAUAUAUAUUUAAGAUUUAUAACUAUUUCACCAUCAUCUGCAUUACAUAUAAGCACUCUGGUGGUUCACUGGUGGUUUUGAAUAGUAACUAAAAUAGCUAGAUUCCUGUUAUAGACAUGUGACCCCUGGUUCCCAUCACCACCACUGUGAUGACCCUCUGAGUCUGUUUCUCUACAGUGAACCAUUUCACAUCAAACCACUUUGAAUGACUUUACUUGCAUCUCACUGACUGAAUUGUGCAGAAACUGACUCAAAUGACAAGUGAAUUUACAGACACAGAUGAAUGAUGUUUUGCAUAUUACAUUGUAAGAUAAGCAUGUAUGUAUUAUUAACACUGUAAAUAAAGAUCUUUUCACAGUCCAAGUUCUACAAAUUCUACAUACUAAAAAAUAUUUUAUGAACUUAAUCCAGUUAUGCCACACAAUGAAGCUGAGCAGUCAGCAUACAAAGAAUUAGUUACCUCAGCAUAAAGUUCAACUGUGGAUGGAACAAAAUUGAAACAUUUCAGUGCAAUGUAUUCCCUUUGGAUCAAUGUAAAUGAUUUGCAUAUUCCACCUUAUUAUUAAGGGACCACUGUGUGUCGAGAUUAUGUCUGUAAUCUCCAGUUAGGGAAUGGAAGUGUUGAUCAUUUGGUGUGUCAGUACAGCUGAGUGAAGUGCAGAACUUCAGCAAACAUGGGACUAUGGUUGAAAUCAGUUCCCAUAAACCGCAAGCAGGUGACAAACUGGCAGUUGAACAUCACUGUUUUCUCCUGAC